GCGCUAGGACCCCCGGGAGCCCCGACCCAGACCUGAGGCGGGGACAGCCCGUGGGGCUGACCCGCCCGGACACGCGAGGGUCUCGAGUUCCCCCACCCCGGAGCCGGCAGCUCCUCCCGGCUGCUCCGCGGUCUGGGUUGUAAACAUUUCCGGCCCCUCCCACUGCGCGCCGCCUCCGGGGCGGCCUCCACGGCAGUCUAAGGGCGGGUGGGCUGCUGGUUCUCGGCUUAACUCCCCGGCUGCCAACAGUCCUGUGUUCACCAUCACAGGGAGAUCUCUGCCCCCUGGGGCUGAGAGACCCCAACCUUUCCCCAAGCUGAAGCUGCAGGGUUUUGGGGUACCAGCCAGAUGUCUUCUCACAGAGGAUCUGUGGUGGCACAGGGCAAUGGAGCUCCGGCCAGUAACAGGGAAACGGACACGGUGGAGCUGGCUGAACUGGGACCCCUGCUAGAAGAGAAGGGCAAACGGGUAAUUGCCAACCCAACCAAAGCAGAAGAAGAGCAAGCAUGCCCAGUGCCCCAGGAAGAGGAGGAGGAGGUGCGGGUACUGACGCUUCCCCUGCAGGCCCACCAUGCCAUGGAGAAGAUGGAGGAGUUUGUGUAUAAGGUCUGGGAAGGACGCUGGAGGGUCAUCCCAUAUGACGUACUCCCUGAUUGGCUGAAGGAUAAUGACUACUUGCUACAUGGCCAUAGACCACCUAUGCCCUCCUUCCGGGCUUGCUUCAAAAGCAUUUUCCGCAUCCAUACAGAAACUGGCAACAUCUGGACCCAUCUGCUUGGUUUUGUGCUGUUUCUCUUUUUGGGAAUCUUGACCAUGCUCAGACCAAAUAUGUACUUCAUGGCCCCUCUACAGGAGAAGGUGGUUUUUGGAAUGUUCUUUUUGGGUGCAGUGCUCUGCCUCAGUUUCUCCUGGCUCUUUCACACCGUUUAUUGUCAUUCAGAGAAAGUCUCUCGGACUUUUUCCAAACUGGAUUAUUCAGGGAUUGCUCUACUGAUUAUGGGGAGCUUUGUCCCCUGGCUCUAUUACUCCUUCUACUGCUCCCCACAGCCACGGCUCAUCUACCUCUCCAUCGUCUGUGUCCUGGGCAUUUCUGCCAUCAUCGUGGCACAGUGGGACCGGUUUGCCACUCCUAAGCACCGGCAGACAAGAGCAGGAGUGUUCCUGGGACUUGGCUUGAGUGGUGUUGUGCCCACCAUGCACUUUACUAUCGCUGAGGGCUUUGUCAAGGCCACCACAGUGGGCCAGAUGGGCUGGUUCUUCCUCAUGGCUGUGAUGUACAUCACCGGAGCUGGCCUUUAUGCUGCGCGAAUUCCUGAGCGUUUCUUUCCUGGGAAAUUUGACAUAUGGUUCCAGUCUCAUCAGAUUUUCCAUGUCCUGGUGGUGGCCGCAGCCUUUGUCCACUUCUACGGGGUCUCCAACCUUCAAGAAUUCCGUUACGGCCUAGAAGGCGGCUGUACUGACGACUCCCUUCUCUGAGCCUUCCUACCUGAGGGGUGGAGGAGGAACUUCCCAAGUGCUUUUAAAAAUAACUUCUUUGUUGACGUGAGAGGAAGAGUCUGAGUUGUCUGUUUCUAGAAGAAACCUCUUAGAGAAUUCAGUACCAACCAAGCUUCAGCCCACUUUCACACCCACUGGGCAAUACUUUCCAGUUCCCUAGCUGAGGAGGGCAGGGAUGGCCCAAUUUAGCCAUGCCUGUCUUCAGCAGCUCCCCCUUGUUGGCAAGGCAACUACCGUCCCCUCACAGAGACAGUACUUCAAAGCUCAUGUUGAGAUUUUACCCCUCCUCCAACCAUUUUGGGAAAAAAUGAUGGACUGGGACUCUUCAGAAAUUCGCUUUCUGGAGGAAAAUAUCCCUCCCUUACCCCCAUCCUUACUUUGUAACCUGGCUUAUAACAGGCCAUCCAUUUUUGUAGCACACUUUUCAAAAACAAUUAGAACCUGGUCCCAUCUUUCUCGGGCCUGGAUCUGCUUUUACAGCAGGAAGAACAAAGCCACCAACUUUUACAUAGCCCGGCUAAUCAUGGAAGUGUGUCCAGGCUUCAAAUAACUUGACUUUUAAUUUUUUUUUUCUUGGCAGAGUAAUGUAAAAUUAAAAUGGGGAAAGAUAUUUAAUAUUUAAUACUAAGCUUUAAAAAGAAACCUGCUAUCAUUGCUAUGUAUCUUGAUGCAAAGACUAUGAUGAUAAUAAAAGAAAGUACAGAAGACACUCGGCAUUCGAA